UUCGUUUCCACGAUUCCGGAUGGCCGCCGCCGCGAGGUAGCGGGCGGCGACUCCCCGGAUGGCGGCGGGAGGGAGGGGGGCUCUGGCGCAAGCGCCGGCGCCGGCGCCGGAGGCGGUGCCGGCGGCCGGCGCGGCGGCGGCGGGGGCCGCGGCGGACGAGGUGGUGCGCCGCGUGCGGCCCACGGAGGCCUCCGAGCGCCGCCGCGCGGAGGUCGUCGACUACGCGCGGAGGCUCGUCGGCUCCGCGCUCGGCUGCGAGGUUCUUGCAUUUGGAUCGGUUCCACUUAAGACUUAUCUUCCUGAUGGGGAUAUCGAUCUAACUGUAAUUGGAAAUACAUCUUAUGAUAGUACUUUGGUUAAUGAUGUUUCCUGCAUCCUUGAGUCAGAGGAGCAGAACAGUGAUGCUGAAUUUGUAGUGAAGGACUUGGAACAAAUCAAUGCUGAGGUCAGGCUCAUUAAAUGCACUAUUGGAAAUAUUAUAGUUGAUAUCUCAUUCAAUCAAACUGGCGGGAUCUGCGCACUCUGCUUCCUUGAGCUGGUCGAUCGUAAAGUUGGUAAGAACCAUCUAGUUAAAAGGAGCAUCAUAUUGAUCAAGGCAUGGUGCUAUUAUGAAAGUCGCCUACUAGGAGCUCAACAUGGACUAAUAUCCACAUAUGCGCUGGAAGUACUUAUCCUUUACAUAUUCAAUCUAUUUCACAAAUCUCUCCACAGCCCUCUGGAGGUUCUUUAUAGGUUUCUGGAAUAUUUUAGCAAGUUUGACUGGGACAAUUAUUGCAUAAGUUUAAAUGGCCCUAUUGCUUUGUCAUCAUUGCCAAACUUAAUUGUUGAAGCUACAGUUACACGUACUGAGGACUUACUGUUUGACAAAGAGUUCCUUAGGAGCUCAGUGGAUAAAGCAACUGUACCUCCAAGAAAUUCUGAUGCAUGCUAUACAAGAUUUCGUCCAAAACAUCUGAACAUAAUUGAUCCACUGAAGGAGUGCAACAAUCUUGGCAGAAGUGUGAACAGAGCUAGCUUUCAUCGUAUUCGAACAGCUUUCUUAUAUGGUGCUCGAAAUCUUGGCCAUAUCCUCAUGUUACCACCAGAAGCUAUUCCUGAUGAAAUUUACGGUUUUUUCAAAACCACUUUGGGAAGGAAUGGAAGAGGAGUAAGACCUGAUACUAGCAGCAAUGGUGCAUUUCAUGCUUCCUUUGGUACUGGUGAGGCUCUUUUAGAAGAUAUAUAUAGUAUGAAGAUCUCUUACAAUGAACAGCAUGAGAACACAACUUCUUAUCAUCUUUCAAAGAGCUUGGGUGAUAAGAACUUACAUGUUGGAAAGAAUGGACCUACACAUUUGAAUAGUUCUUUUCCAAGGGUCCACAACACUGCAUUAAGUAAUGGUUUAGGUACAAGGUCAUCCAAUUCUGUCCAUCGUGCACCCAAACAAAAUUCAUCAUUUUACCAAGGUAACGGUCAUGCUGGCACUAGAAAUUGUUACUCCGACCAUGAAGUGGAGCAGGUAUGUCACUGUACUGCCAAAGCCUUCCACAUGGAUGAUAGGCCAUCAAUACAGUCACAAGUUCCUGUGGAAAAACAACAUCUUCCUCCUCUGCCAUUGAGCUUGCCUGAUCUAUCAGGGGAUUUGGAUUCACAAUUUAGAUGCCUGCGCCAAGUUCAGUACCACCUCGAAUACUUGUUUGAUGGGUUUUUGCAGUCUGUUCUCAAAGCAUCUUCUGCUGAUAUGUUUCACAUUCCUGCCCAUAGUAUAUUGUUCAACAAGGAUGCAGGACUGCCAAGGCUACUAUUGCCUUCAUCUGCUAAAAGCAAUGGAUGGAAUACGUCUCCUGUUUUUUGUUCUCAGAGCACGGAAUGUGUUUCACAGCAUUUACAGAAUGAGAACCCGUUGGACAGGACUUGCCAGCAGAAUGUUUCAUUGCCCUCUGGAACAAAUUUUUCAUCCAACGGACUCUCACCAUCUUCUCCUUAUGCUGAUUCAGAGGUUUCUUCGGUUUCAUGGUGUUAUAGCUCUGAGGAUAGUGCUGAGAUGCAUGGAAGCGGAACAGACAUGCACUUUUCAAUAAAGAGAUGUGAUAUUCACAAGGAGCAAUUGGCAUCUAUGAGAGAGAAUGGGAAAACACUGUCAAAUCAACCAGUGAGGUUUGAAAGCAACCACAGCUCAGGCACAGGUGCAAGAUUUGUGUCUCACAGGGAGCAAGUUGCACUAGACGCUAGAACCAAGGAACUAGCAAUAGGUCAAGCAUUGAAGAUACAAGGAUACAUUCGAUCGGAUAGGAAAAUUGUUGAAAAGCUCAAUUUUCAUACUCAGAAGAAAUUUGUCCGACACGAAGAUGAAGCAAGGCAUGUACCAAAGUACUGCCAGGAUUUAUGCUCGAGCAAGAGCUUUUUGCAAAAGCAAUAUGAUACUGAGUCUACACGAGCUCCUAGUGCAAUGAAUCAGAUGCCAAAACAUCAAUCAUUUAACAUUCCAAAUACUACAGAGUGUGCUGGAGCUAGCCUAUGCAAGAACUUGCCCAUAAAGCAGAGCUUUGGCACUAGCAAAGAGCAUGAGAUAUUUGACUGGCCGACAAAGCAAAGACCGAUUUGCAAGCCAUUGAAUCUGGAAAACAGACGAAGUGGCUGGGAUUGCUCAAAGAAGAUAUCAGCUGGAAAACAAAAUUGUUAUAACCACAAAGAGCACCUGCCUUUCGUAGGAGGCACAGGGGACAUGACAUGUAGCAAAGCAGUAAGCUCUCCAAAUGGUUUAGAAAGGGAGGUUAAUUCAAACAAUCUCGUUGAAAAUGGAAGUCGCCUAAGGCCACUGCUGCCAGAGGUGUUACUUUCUUGUCAUAACAUCAAUAGCCAAGAGAUGCCUGUUGCAAAUGGUCAACCAUUGGAGACUAUUGAGUUUGGAUCCUUGGGCCCUUUUGCAUUGAAAUCAAACAGAACUACUAACACACAAACUGGCAUUACAGAUGUCCCUCCAUUGGUGUUACGGAGGUAUAGGGCUGCCACAACCGAAAACAGGCCACCAGGAUCUUGCAAAGUGGGCGAUGAAGAUGAAUUCCCACCUCUUAGUGCUGGGAUCCGGUGAGAACUUACAUAGAAUUUUCAUGGGAGCAUAGAGGAUUGCGAGUGGCAUAGUAUACUCCCUUGUAAAAUUUCGUUGAUACCUUCUCUUUCUCUCUCCCUCCCUCCCUCCCUCCCUCUACCCCUUUUUCUUACUUUUAUGUCAAUAGUUACACCGGAGAACGUUUAUACAGUUGUGCUCAGUACAGCUUAGCAGGAUAAAAAAUCAGGUAAAAGUACUUAGAGUUAGGUUUAGCGCACUACUUGUGAUGUUGGUUUGUUGCAUUUACUUUUUUUUUUUGCUUCAGCUUACUCUCUCCUCUCAAAAAGAAUGCAAUUCUUGUUUA